UGCCAUUUGGUUUGUUUUUGUUAUUUAAUAUUUAAUACGCUUUAAAAGAAAUCCUAAAUCUCUUUCUUAUUCCUUUCACCGCCGCUGUGAAUCCCUUAUUCCGUCGACAUCGACUUUGAUUCUCACCACCGAAAUCAGUCUCUGCUCUUUCGAUAUGAGGAGGAAUGCGACUCAAAUAACAAACACCACGCUUAUCAGGUUUCUCUGUUUCCUUCUCUAGCUUCUUCUUUAACUUCAAUUUCUAAUUCAAUUUCAAUUUCAAUUUCAAUUCCAAUUCCGUUUUCUCUUCAUUCGAUUUUGUUGUUGUUGUUGUUGCAUCAAUUUCGUUGUUUUCCACUGAAUUUUCCAUUUUUUCUACUUUUUCAACUUCUUAUGUGUUUGUGGUGUUGGAGUUGGGAUGGCCGGUGGAAUGCAACGCCGGAACGUUGCGGCGGUGUUGUUGCCGGAGUUUUGAGAAUGGUUGAAGCGAGAGAGAAGAAGGUAACGUGGCACAUUUUAAAUCAUACGAUUAAUCUAACAAGCUACAAAGAACCAAAGUCAUGUGAAUGUGGCACUACAGUCUCACACAAUCCACAAUCCCGGUCCACGCGCAACAUAUUCUACCUGCCAUACUGUUUGCAGGGAAAUAAGAUACAGGCAACUAUCUUCCCACAUUUGGUUAGCCGGUUUGCUCAUCUUAUUAAAGAGAAUUAUGUCUAUGUUAUCUAUUACUUUCGUGUGGUUGAGCACUGUAAUGGCGACUCCUUUUCUCCCGAUAAGCACAGAAUACUGUUCUGUUUUGAAACCGUGAUUGUGAGUUCAUACAAUUCAUCUAUCGAUCAUUAUGGAUUGAAGUUCGUCAGUUCUAAUGAAAUUUUGACUCGGAGAGCUGGCUUCAACUGCUUAGUUGAUGCCAUAGGAGUUCUUGUCUUUUAUCAAAUUGAUUUAGAGGAUCCCUUGUCCGAUGGUAAAACUUCAGUCGUAAAAUUUGAGCUUGCUGAUUGGAAAGGGAGAUUUCCAUGCGCCUUGAGUGGAAAAUAUGUAGACAAAUUUCGCGAGAUGAUGUCUAAAUCAUCAAAUCUUCAUCCUACUGUUGUACUGCAGUUUGCAAAGAUAUCAAGCGAUAGAGGUUAUGUGUGUGUUGUGAAUUUAGAAGAAGUUACUACGGUCAUGUUCAAUCCUAUGACUCCCAUUGUGUCUGAAUUCAAUAGAUGUGUAGCAAAUGCUGGAGGUGUCUCUUCUUUGGUUAAUGGCAACAAAGUAAAUUCUAUCGUGGUCUCUGAUUUCACUCCAUUUGAUCGUCUUUAUCCACGGAAAACUGUACGAGAACUUAUUGAGACUCCAGAGUCCGGUUUCUAUGUGUUGUGUGCCAAAGUUGUCGGCACUUCUGAAGUAAAAAGUUGGUGGUACCCCGUAUGCAGAUGUGGAAAAUUUCUUGAGAUUGGUGUUCGAGCUUAUUAUUGUCCCAAUUGCAAUAUGUAUGUCUUCCCAGUGUCAAACAGGUUUAGACUACAAAUGGCAAUUGACGAUGGCACAGCAACCGCUUUUAUCCAAAUGACAGAUCAUCCUUUACGAGGAAUCCAUGCUCUGAAUCUUAUUUCUUUGGGAACUAAGUUUGCAUUGAGGUUUUAUGGAAAACAAGCAUUUAAUGGAAAAGAUGUGUUGCUAAUUGUUAAAAAAAUGACAAGAACAGUAUAUGGGUUUGAGGACUUUGUUGAAAUUGUUAACAUGACUGAUGACGAGGGUUCGGUUCGUCGUUUCCAUGAUCUUGGCAGAGCUUUUACUCCUAUAAAGUCCAUAAGUGUACCAUCAGUUCCUCAGUAUCACAUUGAAGCUGUUGGGGAUGAAUUAAUUUCGGUCGUCAAGCCUUUUGUCAACAAUGGGAAGAGUGUUUUGAUUGAUACACGUCCUUUCUCUGGAUCUUCUACCUUUUGCAUUGGAUCUAGCUCUAACAGCAACUCAAACCAAGCUAGGAAGGAGUUGACGGGCAGUGGCAGUGAGUUAGUUUGAUGAACCUCCACUUAAAAUUGGAGCGAAUCUGGGUUAUUUUUAAAGUUAAAGAACAAAUCUGUUACCAACUUUUUCUUUACCUUUUUAGACUGAGAUUUUAUCUUUGGUGUCUAUCUAUUUUUUGCAAACCCCAAAACUGUGAAGCUAGAUAGGUUGAAACAAAAGGGUAAGUGAGGAAAGUUUAAUCAACUUUGUGGUUUAUUGAUGAGUUUGUAAUUUAUCUAAUCAGUGAGGUUAUGUCUUCUUUGUUUUUUUCGAUCAAUCCACUACUUUAAUUGCUUUGGUACAUUAGAACACAUUUUGGCAAAUUCAUUCUCUCCAAAAUUUUCCAUUGCUUUCCAAUUCCAUGAUUUUGUAAAAAGUGAUUUUUCUAAUUUGUUAUUUUUAUCUAUUUGUUAAUGAAUUAGGUUGAGUUACGUUAAAAUAUAUGAUCUAGAUUCUGGUUGUUUGGUUGUAUUGUGUAAGAUUCAGACAAUCUUCAAAUGUUUCUCCCAUUUUAUGCAAGACCAGAUAAUGUUAUGCCUUCCCUUGGUUUCAACUGGCAGUAGCUCUAGGUGAAAUUCUAAAUCAUCUAUAAUGCUUAAAUCAAGAUCAACUAAUAACAAUCUUCAAGUAUCAUGACUUUUUUGGCCUUCCAUUUUAACACCAGUUAUUGUGUAAGUAGGAAAUGAAGAACAUAAACUUAAUUAUAUUGCCUUGCUGUGGUUCACAAACAAUUAUUGUUGUUCACUGUUGACUUUUAUUGACUCCUAUUUUCUCAUUUUAUUUUUUCUUUGUUUCACACACACACACACACACAGUUUAAUUAAUUUAAUUAAUUAAUGUGUUUGUUUAUGCAGGGAACAAGUAAUGAAAUUAUAAAGAGGGUUCAUGUGUGUCCUGAAUCCUUAUGUGUUCAUCAUAACCCUCUGCAAGAGCACUUGGUGAUCUUAUUGGUAUUAAAAAGCAUUUUUGUUGGAUAAGUGUUUUAAGAAAUAUGUUGUUCAAGAAUACAAAUGUGACUGUGGAAUAGAGGAGGAAUAGAGAAAUAAAACUUAUGAUAUGAGGUUUGUACUUAGGAAUUUGUAAGAAUGUGACAUUAGUGGUAGACAGGUACUAACAUAGGCUUUGGUAGAAAGGUAAAAAAUGCACUCCUUUUCAAAUUUGAUUUUGAGAAAGCUUUGUGCUUUGAUACACUGAAACUUUCUUAAGCUCACUCUAACUCAACUUGAUUUCCCUCUCAAGACUAUUAAUCUUAUCAUGAUCUGUACUACCACUUCUAACUUGGUGUUAAACUUGAUAGAUGAAUAAAGAGAAAGUUGAUAGUUUUUCUCCCUAUAGAGGACUAAGACAACAGAUCUAUGUCCCCCUAUCUCUUUUAUGUGUGGAAAAACUUGAUCUUGUCAUCCAAGAGAAGGUCCAACGGAAAAAAUGGAAGCUGGUCAAGUCUCCAAACAUGGUCCAUCUAUUUCUCACAUUUUAUUUAUAGAUGGUUGCCUUUUGUUUACUCAAGCUAAGACCUCUCAGAUCAAACAAUUUUGUCUAGCUUAUGGAUUAGAAGUUAUAUUCGCCAGUCCUGGUUUUUUCCUUAUUCUAAUUCAAGUCAUGUAAAAGUAUCUACAUAAUAUGCUUCUUUUAUUGACUUUCAUCAUACUUAUAAUAUUGGCAAAUAUUUAGCAUU